AUGCAUCUCAAGGGCUCCCUCCUUGCCAGCCUCCUAGCCUGUCUCUUACAAAGUCCUGCUUGUGACGCGAGAACACGUUACGACAAGAACGCCUGGGCACAGAAGCUAAACACCAUCCAGUGGAGCGGGAAGCCAAGACUGCAGUGGGAGGAGCUCACCAGCGAGUCGUUCAACUGGGAAAAGUCGUACCAGAUAUCCCCACCACAAACAGCCAAGGGCGGGCAGAUAGGCGCCUCAUUUAUCGUCAACAAGACGAUAGCGGACUGGAAGACGCACUUCUGGCACGACAAAGCUCCCGAGCGCAUGUGGAACGAGAUCACCACGUACCAGCGGCUCGAGGGCACGGGCAUCGCGCCGGAGUUCCUGGCCAUUGCGGUUCAGGGCAGCGAGGUCGUGGGUCUCGUCCUCGAAGCGUUGGAUGGCACGCACGCGCCUAGCGCAGACGAGAAGAGCCUGUGUGCACCGCUUGUGCAUCAGCUUCACGGCCUUGGGAUCACGCAUGGAGACAUCUGGCGCGACCAGUUCCUGUUAAAGGGCCACCGUGCUUGGCUCAUAGACUACGAGCUCCCGCGGGACGCUACGAAGGAGGGCAUCGAACGUGAUCUUGAGGACUUGGAGGAGUUUGGGUCGUCGCCGCCUGAUAACGGCGAUGAAGAAGAUUAG